UGAAAGCGAAAUGAAGGCCAUAAGAGCUGAUCGACUGCUAGCACUGCUAUUGCUAGGCAGUUGGAUGCUGUUGCUGGGCUUAGCCAUGGCUAGUGGCCAGGAGCAGCGACUGUCGCCGGCUGCCAGCGAUGAGCCGCACAUUCGCAGCAAGCGGGGCAUCUUUUGGGACUUCUUCCAGAAAAUGGUCAUAACCAAAAAUCUGAUUGUCGAUCAAUACACGGACACUCGAAACACUCUUAACGACAUCUACAAUACCGUGAACGAGCAGUUCAGUGACCCCGGCCCAGUCAAGCCAACAAGUCAGCCAAGGCCAACAACCGAAAAGCAGCCUUCCAGUGGCGAAGAGAAUAGCAGUGAUCAGACGACGACAACGACCACGGAGGCCUACAGCAUUACCCGGUACGAGUUGGGCCGCAUUCUGGGCCGUAAUUUCCGCGGCAUACAACGCUUGGCCCAGACCGAGUUCAAAGACGCCCUCAAUGCGACGCACUACAAUCUCAAGGAGUACAAAAUGGAGGCGGACAAACAGUUUGCCAACAGCGUGGGCGUCGAAAAGAAGAACAAGUUGAAGAGUCUCAGUCUGGGCUGAGACGACUGCCACAAUGGGCUCCACAGCCCACUGUAGUCGCUGUUGUGGUUGUUUCUGUGUGGGCGUUGAUAGCUCGUUAAUUAACUUACCUGUGUACAUAUGUUACGGUUGUUACUAUUUCUAACUUAUAAAUAGCAUAGAAGACCCCAUAGAACUCAGACCCCCUUGUACAUAUAUCUGAUUCUAACUAUUUAUUCUAUAAAUUUGUAUCGAAUAAACUACGUUGA